GGUUGACUAGUUAUAUUUCCGCCAUCUGUAUGAAUAGAACAUUUUUUGUGAUGUGGUUUGUAAGAUGGAGACACAUAGAGUGCUUUUUCAUCUUAGAAUAAUAUACAUUUUACUGUUUGUUUUGUCCGCCAUCAGUAUAGCUGCUCUGUGGAUCUCCCUGGAGGCUUACACGGGUCUGAAACUGCUUCAGGAGGUCAAGUGGUCAAAGCUGCCUUACAUCCAUGGUGGAAAUAACAGUGAUGACGAAACACAGAGAUCCAAAAGAAACAACCUGGAGCCGCCCGAAAUGUUCCAAGAUGUUGUAUUCUCUGGGCUCUCGUCAUCCGACAAAUAUGACUUUUCAUCGACAAUUGACUACAGCUUUUGCAAAAAGGUAGUCUCUGACUGUGAUCUUAGAACGCCAGCUAUACCUGGGCCGAAAGGAGAAAAAGGGGAGCCAGGGAUUGAUGGAAAAGGUGUGAAAGGCUGUCGUGGUGAGAAGGGAGAUGAAGGUAUACCUGGAUUGCCAGGUGAAGAAGGAAAAAAAGGUGACGCAGGCCUAUCUGGUUUACCAGGCUUACCGGGGGUAUCAGGAGAAAAGGGAGAUAUGGGUAGUCCCGGGCUACAGGGUUCUCGAGGGUAUCCUGGAUAUCGAGGUGAAAAGGGACAGAAAGGAGAACAAGGAACCCAUGGGCAUUUAGGACAUACUGGAAAACAAGGAGAGCCGGGUCCUAAAGGGGACCAUGGGGAUUCCGGUCAGAAAGGGGAAAGGGGAAUACCUGGUUCAAAAGGAGAGAAAGGCGCCGUGGGUCCUAACGGAUAUAGGGGAUAUUCUGGUCCGAAAGGAGAAAAAGGAAACAGUGGGAUGAAAGGAGUGCGAGGAGAUCCUGGUCCUAAAGGGAACAAAGGGGCUACUGGUCGCAAAGGGAGACGGGGAGAAAUGGGGCCGAAAGGUGGAGAAGGAGAAAAAGGAGCUGCGGGAGAAACGUGGUCCCCUUCAUCAAAUGAUACAUGUCUCUGUUCUUGUACUUAUCUAGGAACACCAAAAGCAACAACACAAAGUUCAGUUACAGAAGAAGCGGAAACAACCACAGACAUAGUUGCUUGUUCACCAACUUCUACAACAAGCACCACGACGACAACGGAACCGACCACCACUUCUACUACUACUACCACCACCACCACAACUCCCGUUCCGACAACACCAAAACCACGCAAAAGUUAUUGUGUAAUAAAGAAAAUAGGAAUUCCAUUCUUCAAAAGGCAAACUGUGUCUUUGAAGGGCUCUUGGAUGAGAGAUCAGUUGAUGAAUCCACAGAAGAUAUGGGUUACGGAUGGAAUAAGCGGGCAAUAUCUCAAAGAAUAUUUUUCUGUCGGCGACUUCAAAGCUAACAGGGUGACGACCACGUAUAACUUAACACAGUUCACAUAUCAAGGAACAAACCAUAUAGUGUACAAUGGUACCUUUUGUUAUCACUGGAAGGGUACCCUACAAAUAGUUUGUUAUGAUCUCCGCUUACAGGCAAUUGUCAUGGCUUUCGACGUAGAAAAUGCCAAUUAUGAAGGCGAUACGACUUUGUAUAAGGGAAGUAACUCGUAUUUUGAUCUUGAAGCGGAUGACAAUGGUGCUUGGCUUUUAUAUUCCGAGAAAAAUGACUUGGAUAAUAUCUACGUCAUACAAUUCUAUCCUGGGACCUUAAGGGAGUACAGGCGGAUCAAAGUUCCUGUGAAAGUCCAGCAGUACGGAAAUGGAUUUAUUUCGUGUGGAAUUUUGUAUUUGGUUACAAGUUCUACAGCUCAACGGACGUCCAUUGAAUUUGCUUACGAUCUGUUUAAGUUGGAAACACUGCCGAUUACUCUAGGUUUUAUCAAUCCUUUUGCAGAUAGUUCUAUGAUAAGUUUCUUUUACGAUAGAAAUCCUAGAAACUGUAGAAUAUUAGGAUGGGACAGUGGUCGACAAAUUGAUUAUCAGAUACUUUUUCAAUGAUAUUUUUUUUAUCCCUUUCACUACAAUAAAAGAGCACACAUAUCAAUUCUUCAAUAACGGUAUUAGGCUAUUACUUUCGGUACAUAAUAAUAACAAGCAGAAGGUACACGAUAAGUCUUUUUAUUUUGUAUGAACUUGUAAAGAGACGAUUGAAUAUAUGAAAUACAGUUCUGGUCGAAGUGUCGCUCUAGUUUCAAUUUGCCAGGAGGCUAUUAUUGUGUCAAAAAGAAAUUAAAAACUGCUUGACAUCCCCAAUGCGUGCCAUUAUUUGAUUUCUAUGAUAUUUUUUCUUCUCAUAUAUAAUGUUUGACAUGUUUUGAUAUGUUGUGAAAAUUUAUUAUCGGAUCUAUUGGCAAUGUAUAAUCAAGAAAGAAAUGAUAAUGGUUCAUUUUAGAUUGAUUGUCCGACGCGGUAAAUUGCUCCCUUUAAAUCAUCAAUAAACAUUAAAAGAAAACCAAAUCAUUGGAUAAAUCAAAACUUUAAUUUUUACCUAUUAGCUCAAUGACUUACGAACAUGUUGGUAUAGACAUAAAUGAAUAUACUUUUAAUUUCGGAAAUAAAAGAUACAAAAAUUAUA